CUUGGCAUUUUGUGGGUUUUUGUCAGUUUUUGCUUAAAUUUUAUUCAACAAUUUAAAAAUCUAUAAUUUCCUGAGAAAAUGAAUAUAACAAAUACAGAGGAAUAUUCGAAUCCGGAGAAGAAAUCGCUUGACAAGCUUGUAUUUCGGUUAUCGGCUGAAGAUGGAUUACCACCUCAAACAAUUCCUGCUUUACACAAACACUGGGCACGACGGGAAAAUUUUUGUACAUAUGUAGGACUAAUGACACAAUAUGGUCGCGUUAAAAGUGGCGUUGAACUAGAGGAAUGGCAGUACAAUGCAAAUCUAUUUUCCAAAGAUAUGAAUUUCUUGCUAAAUUGCCACCAUCAUGAAUUUUGGUCAUAUAUGGUUUUUCAAAAGACGGCAUUAGCAGCCGUUGUUUCGUUUUUACAAAAAUCAACACCAUUUUAUUUAAACGUUUGGUCACAGCUCGUUCAACAAAAAACAAUUAUCGAACUUUAUGAACAAAUACUGGAACUGGUACUCCGUAUUGUUUGUCGUCUUAUAACCAAUCGCGAGUCUGAUGAAGCCUGGCUUACUAUUGACCAUCAGCGGGAGUUAAUUUAUAAAAACUUUUUAAUAUCAGUACCAAUGUUAUUCGACAUCCUAAUGGCUGUGGGAGAUGCGGAUGCACAAAACACUGCCGUACUCCGACGUAUCUUUGAUUCACUCCUACGCAUUGAACCCAAUUACAAACAGGAUCUUCUAGCCGCGUUAGUAUUUUUUCGCACCGCUUUUCGUAGCAUUCAAACACAGGCAGAAAAUGAGGGCUUCGAAGGCGCAGGAGGAGGUGACUUAGAUGAAAGUGCCGAGACUCCGUACGACGAUGUUGCGCUCUAUACCUUAGAUUGUGCCUAUUCAUUGAGUGUUCUAUUAGAAGUUUGUCCAACAGUCCAGUCCAUUUGCGCUGAAAUUAAAUUGGGACAGAGUAUUGCACAGUUCUAUGAUAACACGGUUCCUUUUUUGUACAAAAACAUAUUUCUUAUUAAUGAGGCCGCUGCUAGUUUAGGCUGGAUCAAUGUGGCACGAUUACAAUAUCUAAAGGCAUUUCGAAGUAUUGCCUACAGUUUCAUUGAAUCAGUUCUGGCGAAACCAGCGGAAAGUAUCAUAAUGGCGGAAAAGUUCAUUGGUCUGCUUACUGAGUGCCUCUCUGAGCAGAAUUUUGUGAACGACUAUGGUCGGUUAUAUCCAGUUGAACUAGAUGUGGAUAUACUUAAACAAGCUUGCAAAAAUUUGGAUGGCUUUAAAGCUUCGUUCAUUGUACAAGGUUAUCAGCAGGAGUCAAGACCUUCUGCACAAAAACCAAAUUCUAAAAUGAAUAAAAAAGCACCUAGUUCAACCAAAUCUAAUAAUAAAAAUGAGCAGCAAGCAAAUCGUGUUUCCAAUGUCACAACCGCUACCACCGGAACUCCAGAACGUGAUAUUGAUUUAGAGGUCACAUCUGUUUUGGAUGUGCUACCCCAUUUAGGUACCGGUUUUGUGCGUCGCGUACUUUCACGAUACGAAAAUAGCGAAGAGGCGAUUGCCGCUAUUCUUGAGGCGAACCUGCCACCCGAUCUAGUGCACGCCGACCAAUCAGAAGUAUACAUACCGCCAGAUCCACAAGAUAAAACUUAUCAGCAGACUGGGAUUAGGCAUUUCAACAUAUAUGAUGGGGAUAAAUAUGACGUAAUGACCCAAGACAAUCCGAAAUGUAUCAUAAAGCAGGGUAAAGGUAUGCCAAAUGCGCCUAAAAAUGCUGCCCAGCUAUUAGAUGACAAAAGUGAUUUGGCGCAAUAUAGAUCCCGUUACGAGGCAUAUUCACUAGUCAGUGAAGGUGAAAGCAGUAAUGAUGAAUACGAUGACGAAUAUGAUGACAGCUAUGAAGCGUUGUUGGAAAGUGAGACGCGAACUGUUAGGUCAAAACAGCUUAAAGCUGGACUCGCUAACGUAGAAGAUGUGUCAAAUGAUGAAAGUGAAGAUGAAGAAGAAACUAUAGAAGAUAAAGUCAAGACCGAUGUACAAUCGGAACGUAAUAAGCAAUUGAACUUUUGUGAAAAUCCAGAGGAUGUGCGUGCUCGUUACGAGGCACGUCGGCAAGCUAAAUGGAAUAACCGUAAUAGUGGCGGUGCGGAUAAUCACAAGACCCGAGAACUCGCUGGCGCGCCAAAAGGGCAAGGUCAAGAUAAAGAAACUUUACGAAAUCGUGAUAAAAAAGAGAAGAAUAAAUCAAUGCGAGCAAAUCAUAAUCGGAAAGCGGGUGCAUCAUUUAAGAGGAGCAAAGGAAUGAUGGGUUAACACUUCCACAGGUUGGUGUUUUCCGCUUUAUAUACUAUUAAUUGACAUUGAU